AUGCACGAGUGCAAUAACGUAGUUGUUUACUUGAGCUGUGCUACAAACCCGAUUAUAGAAGGAUGUGUGGAUAUCAAGUUUAGUCCGCUUCCAGGGGCGUUCGUGAGUACUUCCGGCUCGUCUACCCAGAAUGGAAAGCAAGCGGAUAAAUGGUCUCUUGUGGAAGACUUCAAUUGGCUGAAGCCUGAGCCUAGUCCAAACUGGAGCGUGUUGGAGGAUGAGAAGGCGGUUGAGGACCAUGUGUGGGGCCGUAUACUGGGGGAUAAGCGUGGAAUGAAGCUGACAGAGAUCCUGGAGUGCACGGGCGUGACUAGUCUUGCUGAUUAG